AAGGAGGCCGAUGGUGAAGAUGGCAAGAAAAGCCGGGGUAAGAAGUAUGGGUCCAACGUUCAUCGCAUCAAGAACAUGUUCCUGCAGAUGGGGACGGCGCCUGGCCCCGAGGGCGCCUGCGACCUGGCCAAGGCCAAGGAGAAGCCAGUCCGUCUGUCCUUGCCCCGGGCCGGCAGCCUCACCGAGAGUAUGGACCAGGGCAACCUCCUUAUCUUUGAGAGGAGCCCACAGGAGAAAGCCACCACCACCAAGCUCUUGCUACGGAAGGAACGAGCUGGUUUCCAGGACCGUAAGCUGGACGUGGUGGUGAGGUUCAAUGGCAGCACUGAGUCCUUGGACAAGCUGGACACUGAAGCCGUCUCACCCACUGUCAGCCAGCUCAGCGCUGUCUUCGAGAAGGCCGACCUCCGGAACAACCUCCACAAGGCGCAGGGGCGAGCAGGAGGGCCGCUCGGCACCAAGAGACCCCGGGUCUUCUUGCCGAGCGCCGAGACUGGCCGGCUGGGUGAUGGCCAUGCUGCCCAGCCCCGUGCCCGGCCACCGGAGGAAGAGAAGACAGCGGGGAAGAGUGCCCGGCCAGUGGAGAAGGAGCCAUCCACCCCUCGGGUGCAGGAGGUCUGCAAGAUCAAGCCGGUGGAGGUGGAGGAGAGUGGUGAGGCCGAGGAGGAGGAGGUGCUGGCAGUGGCGGAACCGGUGCCCGUGCCCCCGCCAGACACGGGGGCCGAGGACCUGGGCGUCAAGGGUGAGCAGGUGGAGGAAGGCGAUGCCUACGAGGAGGCCAAGAAGGAGGACUUCUCCGAGGCGGACCUGGUGGACAUAAGUGCCUACAGCGGGCUCGGGGAGGACUCGGGGGGCAGCGGGCUGGAGGAGGAGGAAGAGGCUGAAGGGCUCUAUGAGCCCGAGUCGGUUUGUGUGGAGAUCCCAGGGCUGUCCGAGGAAGAGGAGCCUGUCCCCAACCGCAAGAUCCAGUUCAGCACAGCUCCCAUCCAGCUGGAGAAGAGGGUGGAACGACUCGACCUCUUCCCUGUGGAGCUGGAGAAAGACUCGGAAGGGCUGGGGAUCAGCAUCAUCGGCAUGGGCGCGGGGGCCGACAUCGGUCUGGAGAAGCUGGGCAUCUUCGUCAAGACAGUGACGGAGGGGGGGGCUGCCCACCGGGAUGGCAGGAUCCAGGUAAACGAUCUCAUUGUGGAGGUGGAUGGCACCAGCCUGGUUGGGGUGACACAGAGCUUCGCUGCCUCUGUCCUCAGGAACACCAAGGGCCGUGUCCGGUAG